AGUUGAUUUGAUUUCGUUAGCGACGCUGUUGCUGAUCAGCGAUUUGAUUUACUCCUCCGAUGGAUUCAGCUGGAGAGGUCGUCAACGAUGGCAAAAUCACUCUCGAGGGUUUCUCCGUAGCUGCUCGAUCUUUCGCCGAGAAAUGGAAAAGACUUAACCUUUCGUUCCCUCCCUGGUCAUGGGUUCCUCUGAACAACCGAACUCUGCUUAAGAAGGAGGAAGGUUACUUAUCGCUAGAGAAGAUCAUCAUUCUUAGCUCACUUGAUGAAAGUGUUGAGGAGGAGUCUUUAGAUGUAAGAGCUGAUUGGUCGGAGAAGGAAGAAGCAGUUGAUCACACGGUCUUGGUACAAGACGUUGAAGAUGAAGCGCAUUACUAUGAUUACCAUAUCGUUUACAGUGCAUCAUACAUGGUUCCUAUGCUCUAUUUUCGUGGAUACUCUAGUGAUGGAAAGCCUCUUUCUUUGGAAGUGAUCAAAAGAGAUUUGCCGUCAAGCUCUGUUAGUCUUUUGUUGGAAUCUAAGUGGACCUUUAUAACACAGGAGGAUCAUCCGUAUUUGAACAGGCCGUGGUUCAAGCUACAUCCCUGUGGGACUGAGGAAUGGAUCAAACUGCUUUCCGAAAGCAGCAGCUUUACUGGCUGUCAGAUGCCAGUUGAGUUGUAUUUGAUAUCAUGGUUCUCUGUUGUCGGGCAAGUGGUUGGUCUUAAAAUCCCUCAUGAGAUGCUGAUUUAGAUAUGGUCUGUAAUUCAACUAUAAGAUGAGUCAAUUGGCUCUAAACCCUCAAGAACUUUGAGGUUAUUAUGGUAUACAUUUGUGAAUGAUCUUUUCACAUAUGCUUGAAUGAAUACUCACUCAAA